GGAGCUAUAAGACCAUCAACCUCAUCUGGUUUCUCAGAGCCUCGAGUCAGUUUUCUAAACACUCGCGCUCGCACGCAGAGGAAUGACAUGGUGCUCGGCUGUGCAGGUUUCUCUUAGAGGGGUCGAGGAGCAAUCGUCAAGGCAUGGAAUUUAGCCGAAUGAAACCCUGAAAGCCGCUUCGCUGUUUGGACUGGACACUGAACCGUUCCAGCUGACCUUGGAAAACUGAAAGGAGGGAAGACGAUUCGUGUGACGCAAGUGUACAUCCAGUUCCAAAAUGGCAAUCCCCAAUGACCUCUCCCUUUUCAACUCCACCUCUUCCCCCUAUUUGAUGACGGAGGUCUAUCUGAACGCUUCCCUCGCCCCUUCUGCUCCCCCCUGCCUAGACUGGCCUCCUGUACCCAUGACCACGGUCAUACCCACCAUCUACAGUGUUAUCUGUGUGCUGGGAACCAUAGCCAACGCCUUGGCGGUGUGCGUGUUGGCCCAUGGCAAUGCUUCGAGGAGAACUAUGGCUAACACCUUCAUGCUGAACCUCUGUGUGUCUGACCUGUUGUUCCUGCUGUCUCUCCCGCUGUGGGCCGUCUACUACUCCUGGGGCUACAGCUGGCCCUUUGGCCAGGUGGCCUGUAAAAUCUGCGGAGCUCUCCAUAACCUCAACCUCUACGCCUCUAUCUUCUUCAUCACGUGCAUGAGCAUGGACCGCUACCAGGCCAUCGUGCACCCGCUCCGCUCCCAGAGUGCACGAGACCCCAAACGUGCCAGGAUCCUGUGCAUCCUGGUGUGGGUUCUGGCAUGUGCCUGUUCAGCCCCUACCUUGGCCCUGAGGGACACCUACAAACUGGAGGCGCUCGGUGUGGAAGCCUGUGUGAUUAAGUAUCCUGAUGAUGUCUGGUAUAUGACCCUGACCUGGAUGAAGAUUGUUCUGGGCUUCUUGCUGCCGCUGCUUGUCAUUUCCUGUUGUUACUGCGCCAUUGGUAAACACUUGUUGGCUGAUACGGGGUUGGGAAGAAUGCAGAAACCGUCACAUCACCCCCACACAAACUCUUUUAAAUCACUGGAGUCCCACGAGGGAUGUUGUAAACCAGAGAGACCCCCGACCCCUUGUGUCAGCCCUAGCUCCAGCAGCGGGGCCAGAGCCUUGGAGGGGAGGGGGCUGGAGAGAGUGUUGUGGACCGUGGCCGCUGUGGUCCUGGCAUUCUUCAUCUGCUGGUUCCCCUUUCACUGCCUGACCUUCAUGGAUGUGCUGGUGAGCAAGGGCUGGCUGGACAGCUGCUGGGUGAAUUGGAGCAUCCACAAUCUCACCCCUCUCACCCUUUGCUUGGGCUUCUCCAACUCGGCCAUCAACCCCGUGCUCUAUUGCUUUAUCGGGAACCAUUUCCGGGGCCGUCUCGGGGGCCUCUGCAAGGGUGUAUGUGCUUGUUUGAAGGCCCGUGGGGAGGAGCACAGCCAGAAGAGGGGCUCCUUCAGCACCAGGCUGAGCUCCUUCUCUCGAAAACUCAGUGACCUCAAAGACCUGGCGAUUGUGGAGCCCUCUGGUCCUCCAGCCUAGCAGACCCCCCUCUCCCCAGCUUCAGUUUCGCACUCCUCAAAGAAGGAACAUGAAAUAACUGCUGACUUCCAUUACACAGACGUGUGAGACAGAGCUGUUACGACAGCGGACUAAGUCAAAUUCCUGCAGCGCUCAACUUUGCCUUACAAAGCUGAACCUAGAAAUAUCACCUGUGUACAGCUUCUAUAAACUUUACUGAGCUUCAUAGUGAGUUUCAAUUUAUUGUUUUGCUAUUGGGCUGAACAUAUUUCUGUGUUGUGUUGGUGUUAUGGAUCACUAGUGUUAUUGUGCUAGCAUAAGCAGGUGACAAAACAUCACAGAGUCACUGUACAUUAUAUGCUCAGCAAGAAGGCAGCUGACAGAUACAGUUAGCAACUAGCUAUCAAAGGUAGUGGAGCAUUUAUCGGCUAAAGACCAAAGAUAUUUUGCUCAGUAGUUGCUAUAAACUUUAAACAAAGCAAAAACGAAAAUAAUACUGAGUAAUACUUGCUUAUAUUCUCAAGUUGGACACAAACACAUCUCAGUGAAUGCCCCUCUCACUGCGCUUAUUCAUGUACGUCAUUACGUUAUCUGCUUGUUAGCGUGCUAAAUUGAUAGCCUCUGUGGUUUUUGGACAGCAACAGUGACCGAGCAGCAGUGGUCGCAUGACUUUCUCAAUGAUAAGAUGUUAACACUUGAACACCAAACAUUUAUUACACACAUGUUACGACAUGUUAUUAUCACGGGAAGUCGUGUACACAAAACGUUUGGUAACAUCUAAGCUAGCAAGCUAACGAGCAGGUAACACUGAAAUGAGGCUGUUAGUAAUAUCCACAUUUUCCUCUGACAUGAGAUAUGUUCAUGAAAAAUUAAAUAGAUUAAAAUUAGAUAUGUUAACUUUCCAUCCACCAAAUUAUCAACUUCCUGUCAGUGUUGUUGCUCUGUAGUCUACCUCCUGGAUAUGUAAGGAAGCAACAGUUAGCUAAUAUUUUCGUCAAAUCAACAAAAACAAUUUUUAUGUUAAUGUUUUAUUCUCUAUUUGUCACAACUCCCAUGCGGUAAAAUAGAUAGAUAAAUAAAUAAACAAUUUAGUUACUGAGUGAAGGAAUAAGUCUUUAAUCUGCAAGGGAAGCCACAGCCAUGCUAAACUAGGCAAGUCAAAUUUUAGCCAUUUUGUCUGCUAUUUUCUCCCUCACAGUCAGAUUAGCCAAACAGCCUCAUUAAUAAUAAUUAAUAAUGACUGUCGUAACUGUCGAAUGACCUACAUUACUUUGCAAGUAAAAUUACAGUUUAAGUAAAAUUAGCUUUAACUAGUAAAAUUAGCUUCAACUAAGGCUAAUUAGGGUUAAUUGUUAAUUUAACUUGUUUGUUAAAAGCUGUUUUGUAGUUUUGCAAAUGUUACAUCAUAUAUUUUGUUCAAAAUCUAUGUAUAAUAAUAAUUUAUAAGAUAAGGCAAAUUUAAGUUUUUGAUCUUUGUUGUUCAUUGUUGCUGCAUUUCUCUUUUGGGAGCAAAACGUGCUAGAAGAUAAAUGUCAUGUAUAACCUGUCAUACCAAUGGUACUUUUUCUCUUCUUUCUGGGGGACCAAAAUAUUAUAUGUGUAAUCAGCUUGUAACUUUUUAUUGUACUCUAAUGUUAAAAUGGUUUAAAAGGAAUAACACUGCCUUUCUUUGACUUGAUAAGAAAUAAAGUGAAGAAAUAUUUCCAUCAAAA